CACGCGCAGAAGGCAAAUGACUUUUCAUCUGCAUAUAGGUCACUUUGGACCAAUCGCUGGGCUGCAGCUCACCUUUGUCAAGUGUGUGUGUGUGUGUGUGUGUCUCUCCCUUGGCUCUGAGCUUGCAUAUUGUUUGGUGUCUCCUGGCUAACAGCACACACGACAACUCGCUUGUGGCCUUUUCCUCCAGUUGCAGCAGGCGCCGCCAUGAAAAUAGCAUCGUUUAACAUCCAGAAGUUUGGACGAAGCAAAGUGUCUGACACUGACGUACUUCGGAUCCUGGUCCAGAUUAUCCGUCGCUAUGACAUCAUCGUGAUCCUGGAGGUGGUGGACAUCAGCGGCACAUCGGUCCAAACCCUGCUGAAUGCACUCAAUACGUACGUCUGCAGCAGUCCAAAAUGCUCAAAAGGAAGGAAAAUUAUGCGUGUGUGUGUGUGUGUACGCAGGCCCAACGUGUCUCAUCACUAUACUCUGAAGAUCAGCACUCGGCUAGGACGAUCCCACUACAAGGAGCAGUUCAUGUUCCUCUACAGGGACGAUCUGGUGGACCUGGUGGGCUCAUAUCAGUUUGACGACCAGGUGACGGAUGGCGGCGACGUCUUCGCCAGGGACCCGUACAUCCUGAGAUUCCGAUGUCAUGACACAGUGCUGAAGGACCUCGUGAUGAUUCCCGUCCACACCAAACCGGAAGACUCAGAGACGGAGCUCGACGAGCUCUUUGACGUCUUUCAGCAUGUCAAGAUGAAGUGGAGGACUGAUAACGUGAUGAUCUUGGGCGACUUCAACGCGGAUGGCGCGUACGUGUCCAACAGGGAGUUGCAGCGUAUCCGCAUUCGCAGCGAUAAAAACUUCCACUGGCUAAUUGGAGAUGACGUCGACACCACAGCCAGUGUAGGCAACAUGCAUACAUACGACAGGAUCGUGGUCUACGGCGACGACAUGCUCCGCGCUGUGGUGCCAAACUCGGCCAGACCCUUCAACUUCCAAAAAGCGUUCCAUCUCAGCAAUGAGCAGGCACUGAAGGUGAGCGACCAUUACCCGGUGGAGGUCGAGCUGAGGUCUCUCACUACGCCACCACCGCAAAAUGAAGCUACCCCAGCAGUUUCGCAAUCGGACAAUGAACUGCAGGAGUUGAAAAGAGGAAACUUGCUGCUGGAGCGUGAGAAACUCAACCUGGAGAUCCAAAUUUUGCAGCUGAAGCUGGCUAAGAUGCAGCAAGGAGAUGAACAGCCACGCCAGGAGCCAACCUCAAGCUGCAAAAUGCUGUGAGAUGAUGACACGCUGCAAAAUGUUGAACACUGAAGCCAACAGUCUCGUUUAUAAGUCAAAUCGGGACGUCGCCGAGGGCCUUCGUAGGGCGACGUUAGGACAUUUCAACAUUAUUCUGCUGAGCUGAAGAGAUCUGAGUCAACGUCUACUAGCUGAAUAAUUCAAAGCUUCAGGUCGCUUGCUUCCGAAGGCCAACGACCACUUUUACCUCAGACAUAUCCACUUUAUGGAGGCAUCAUUUUGUUAUAAUCAAUUCAUGACCUCAGUGAGUACUUUUAUGGUUUUGCUCAUUCAACUUAAUUUCAUUGAAUGCUUUUAUUUUCUAGGUUUUUAAAGUGUUUAUUAUAUUGUGGAGUAAACCAUAAAGGUACAACUAUAGACUCUUGUGGAACUCCGCAGUCUCUUUUACUGAAUAUGCUAGAACAUCCAACAUUAUAUUAAAAAUAACCUACUACUUAAA